AUGGAGCAGCUGCAGCAGCAGGAGCGGGCGCGGGAGGUGUACAGGGAGUGCCUGCGCAACCACGCGGCCAAGCUGGGCACCUACGCCUCCGACGGAUGCUGCGAGUACACCCCCGACGACGGCCACCCCGCCGCGCUCCUCUGCGCCGCCUGCGGCUGCCACCGCAACUUCCACCGCAAGGCGUUCCUUGACGGUGCGUCCGUGGGGUCGCCGGGAGCCGCCAGCCCGCACACGCCAUUAAUGCUGCCCUCUCCCAGCGCGCCGCCGGGCUACAUGCACCAUUUGGCAAUGGCCGGACCCGCGGGGGUCAGCAUGGGCGGCGACGGUGUCGGCGGCGGCUCGCACAGCGGCGGGGCGAGACGGCGGACGCGUACCAAGUUCACGGAGGAGCAGAAGGCGCGGAUGCUACGGUUCGCGGAGAGGCUCGGGUGGCGGAUGCCCAAGCGCGAGCCGGGACGCACGCCCGGGGACGACGAGGUCGCGCGCUUCUGCCGUGAGAUCGGCGUUACCAGGCAGGUAUUCAAGGUCUGGAUGCACAACCACAAGGCCGGUGUCGGUGGAAGUGGGGGCACCGGCGCACAGACGUCGUCUUCGACCACGCGUGGCGGCGGAGGAGGAGGCGUCGGGGGCAUGUCGCCGGCAAUGGGAGGCAAUGGGGAAGACGAUGAGGAGGUGAGGGGCAACGAGAUGUGCAUGUAG